UCGCACCUUCAGCCAUGUCCGCGGCGGGUUUAUCCAGAGAAAAAUGAUCCUUUUAGAUCAUAAGAAUCGCCCUGUGCACCGCGAGAGAUCAUUUUUGCGAUAUGCCGUCGAAAAUGAUAUGCGACGCUCGUACAUGCGGCGGUUGCCGGUAUCUGGAGCAGGACGAGCAGAACGAUCGGACGGCGAACCUCGCAGAGUUCCUGGCGAACUGUCAACACGCGAAAUGCAAGGUGGUUCGUCUGGUCCGUCAGCAAAUAAGUAAACUGCAGAAUAUGCAGUACGAGCAUUUACUGACUACGAGCGACGAGGCACGUGAAAAGGUGUAUAACGAAAUGCCCACUGAAAUGCACGAAGCGCUCAACAAUGAAGUCCACGAAGUGUACGGUGAAGUACACGAUGAUCUGCACGAGGUGGAGAGCAAAGUAGAGCAGGCGUCCAACGAAUCGUACGGAAAUGUGUACGAGACACAAAAAGCUGCUGCAGUUACAAAGCGAACUGUCGGAGGGACGAACGCAAUAGGGAACGCAGCGACCGCAUCCUUGCGUCACACGGCGUCUCCUGGGAGAGCGGUGGACCGCAAGUGGAUGCUGCGGAUCCUGGAUCGCGUUCGUCAUCGAGCGCAUCUGAUACUGGCGGCCGCUGUGGUCGGUGUGAUAGUCUGGACCGCUCUGGUGUACGGUGUUUUCCUGGGCGCGACGGCCUGCGGAAGCGGACGCACCUGUUUCCGGUCGUCUCUUAAAUAUACGCAUGCUAAACGCACAUUGUUUUAGCUCGUGCCAUCUAUCGACACCUCGUAAACGACACCUCGUAAAUGGUGAUUAAAGUUAACCGAGGUACAAUCCAUUUCACUUCAGCGUCUGCGAAAAGAGGUGGUUGAUUGCCAGCUAGCUUUAAUGAAGAUUUCUAAGAAUCGAUUUGUAGACGUCCUUUUUCUUUUCUUCGCGAAAUUACGCGGAGAGUG